CAGGUUACACUUUGACCUGAGGGCAGAAAGUACACUCAGAGUUUAUUCUGCUCUGAUCACAGCUUCUUCACAAUGAAGUUUCCCGUGAAACUCUUUUUAUUCGGGAGUCUGUGCGCAGCUUUAAUUGCGCUUCAAUUGAGCGGCCCCACAUUUAGUGAAGAGUCUCUGAAAGGCAUGAGAGUGCUGGUGACUGGUGCGAGCACUGGCAUCGGAGAGCAGCUGGCAUAUCAUUACGCCCGCAUGGGUGCUCAGAUCGUCAUCACAGCAAGAAGAGAACAUGUAUUAAAAGAGGUUGUAAAGAAGUGUCUGGAUCUGGGAGCUCAGAAAGCCCUGUAUGUUGCAGCAGACAUGGCUGAAAUGGCUGAUGCAGAAAGGGUAGUGGCCUUUGCUGAAGAGCAGCUUCACGGGCUGGACUACAUAGUACUUAACCAUAUCGGAUCGAGUCAGUAUGGGAUGUGGGAUGGUGAUGUGGCUCAUGUUCAAUGGCUCAUGCAGGUGAAUUUCCACAGUUAUGUGAAAAUGGCUGUGAAAGCUUUACCUGCCUUAGAGAAGACUAAUGGAUCAAUAAUUGUUGUCUCUUCCUUGCAAGGUAAAAUGUGUUUGCCUUAUGCUCUGCCGUACUCUGCUACCAAAUUUGCCCUGAAUGGCUUCUUCGGCAGUCUCCAGCAUGAGCUAUAUAUGAAGCAAAGCAACGUAUCUGUCACUGUCUGCACCCUGGGCCUCAUUGACACGGAGACAGCUAUGGAGAAAAUCAAAGGCUACAUCGACAUGCCUGCCUACCCUGCCCAUGAGGCUGCAUAUCAGAUCAUCAAGGCUGGAGCACUUCGUGAGAAUGAGGCCUUCUAUCCCUGGUACACUUUCUACGCCUCAUUUUUCAGAGACUGGUUCCCUUCAUAUAGAGACCAGGUCAUUAGGAAAUUUUACAAGUACAAGCCAUAAUAAGGUGAUGACCACUGGUCACUUAGACAUCAUAGAGUGUUCAUUUUUAAGCUCUGGAUAAAUAUGAAAGAACAGUGGUAUAGUACAAUGUGAAGGGAAAAUGAUGUUUAUUGAGAGAAAUAUUUGUGAGAAGUAUCUGUGCUUUUAUACCAGCUGUUUUAUACCAGCUAAAACACCUCAGUAUGUGCUUUUAUACCAGCUUGUAACUUGCAUGCCGCCUCACUCCAUCCCACUGCUGAUUAUUUUCCUACAACAGUCCAGUCAUGUAAUUAAGUACAACAUGAAGGAAAUCUUAAAUGGACUUUUAAAGUAUUUGAGCUCUUUGUAUCCACCACUUAUAUGAGUUGAAAUGGAUGUCUUUUCUAAUUAAAAUUUGCUUUAAAUUAAAAUUAGAACUUGCUGUA